GUGAAAGACAUUUCAGUCUCUGACGGCAUUUCGUAGCGCGCAAACACUUUCUUCGCGUCGCGUUCCCCAUGACACAUUUCCAAAUAAAAGGAAAAACCUGUGAAAUUCAUGAGCAAACAUGCUAAGCCUGUCAUCGUAUGCCAAUUGGUAAACACAAACACUGAGAGCGCCGAUAUAAUCAAGCAAAAGUACACUAAUUAAAUAUAAAAUAAAUCACCAACGAAUUCUGGCAUAGAAUGAGCCAAACUUUUAAAACUUUAAUGCACGGCACCGAAGAAGGCAGAGAUGGAGCUCCGUACUCGGAGGAGCAGCAGCAGCAGUCGUCGGAGGAUGUACCGGACUCCACAGCGACAACAACGGCGACUUCAACAGCCGGCGAGAUUGGUGGCGGGCCAAGGGAUGGCGGCGAGGAUGAUUUCACCGAUGACAACAACUUCGAAUCGAAUUUGCGACGUCGCAAAGGCAAAAUAAUUUCCUGUGCCAAGGAGACCAUCGAGAAUGCUUCCCGCCAACUACGCCGCAAAGUGCCCUACGCAGGUCAUUUGAUGACUCCUCGUCGCCUUUGGCUCAAUAAAAUUCCCACACAAUGUGAUGUGGUUAUUGAAUUUCCUGAGGAUGCACCAGACGAAGCGCUCCGCUGGCUCCUAGCCCGUAUCCGCUCGCAGCCGCCGGCUGGUCUGGGUCUUUUGGUCCAGGUCAAGGCGCACGAGAGUACGCGGCGAAAUGCGUUCUAUGUCAGUGCUCCCGUUAAUGUACUGUUUAAAGCCGCUGAAGAAGCCCGCCUGCCAAAACGCCUGCGACCGGACUUGGGCGGUGCUUUGAGGGAGUUCACCACCCGCGAGAGCCAUUGUUUCCAGCAGUUGCGCGGCGAUGUGGGAAGCACGGCACUAUUCACCUCCCAGGAGCGCCAGUGGCUGGUCCUCCAGGUGCUGCAGGGUCUGCGAUCCGGCUGCAGUGACAUCGAUGCCCUGCAUGGCCGAGCGGCUGUCGCCGAGGGUCAGAGCAUCGUGGCCACCUGGCAGGAGUCCGGCCUGAUCACACAGGUCUUUCCGCUGCACGAGCCCAGUUCGCUGACGCAGCUCCAGACGCACUGGGUUAAGCAGAUAUUCGCUCCGCAACCUCUGGAUGACAUUGCUGCCUAUUUUGGCGUUAAGGUUGCCUUGUACUUUGCCUGGCUAGGUCAUUACACCUGCGCCUUGGGCGUUCCGGCUGUGUUUGGCACAAUUCUCUACUGCAUUCUAUGGGGCAAGGGUCAAACGGCCCAGGACAUGGGCCACGUGCUCUUCUCCCUGUUUAAUGUCGCCUGGGCUUCACUGUAUCUGGAGGCCUGGAAGCGCUAUUCCGUGGAAUUGGCCUUCAGAUGGGGCACUUUAUCAACGCCGCCAGAGCUUUUGGAACCACCUAGGCCGCUGUAUAAGGGUCCUUUGGAGGAGAACAACGUGACGGGUCGUUUGGAGCCCAAGGAGGCGCCGGCAUGGCAGCGUCGAGCGUUUCGCUAUCUGGUCAGCUUUCCCAUAAUUGGAUGUUGUCUGUGUGUGGUCUUUGCUGUGAUGUUUCUCAUGCUGCGUUUCCAGGAUUGGCUGGAUCACCAUAACAUACCAGAUAAAGGAAUUGCUCAAUGCAUGUAUAAUUUGCACAAGGACUGGUGGGACUCCAAGUUGCCGGAGGAAAGUGUAUUAUGCUGCCUGAGUGUUAUACCGAAAGUUUUGCUGGCAGGAGCCAUUACCUUGAUGGACGAGGCCUAUUUUAAGUUGGCCGUUUGGUUGAACGACCGCGAAAACUACCGCCUGCAGUCGAAAUAUGAGAACCACUUGAUAGCUAAAGUGGCUCUUUUCCAGUUUGUCAACUCCUUCCUAUCGCUUUUUUAUAUAGCGUUCUAUUUGCGGGAUGAGGAGAAACUUAAAGAGCAACUGGCUGGUCUGCUCAUCUCGCGCCAAAUCAUUGGAAAUCUACGAGAGUCUGCGAUUCCCUAUUUUCUUGAACAAUGGAAACUGGCCAAAUUGAGCUUCAAUAUGUGGGGUGCUCUUAGCCCUACGCAAAAUGUGACCCGUAGUCUUGCCGAGGAACUGGCCACUGCAGAAGCGGAACUGAAGGCGGAGUCCACUGGAACGCCCACCAAAUCCCACCAGCCGGAAUCGGCAAGUAAAAGAAACAUUGGACAGGCUGAAAUAGAGAGCUCGUUGUACAAGUAUGAUGGCACUUUUUCUGACCACUUGGAGAUGCUCGUUCAAAUGGGCUAUGUGGUGCUCUUUUCGGCCGCCUUUCCACUGGCUGGAGUUUGUGCUCUGAUCAAUAACCUGAUGGAGAUUCGGUCGGAUGCCUUCAAACUGGCCCAUGUUCAUCAGCGUCCCUUUGGGCAACGUGUGGCCAACAUCGGAACUUGGCAAAAUGCCCUGAGCAUCCUGUCGCUCGCCGCCGUUAUCGUGAAUUGCGCCUUGAUUGGCCUCUCUGGACAGGUGUCGAGGCUAUGGCCAGGAUUGACCACGGCACAGACAAUUAUUCUAAUUGUUACCCUGGAGCACAUAAUGUUGGGACUGCGGCAAGCACUUACCUGGCUCCUACCGGAGUUGCCCUCGUGGUUGGCAGCGGAAAUCGCACGUGCCGAACAUUGCCGCCGGGAAAUGCAAUGCAAGGGCACCUCGCCGCGCCCCACACCUCCCACUCCGCAGUCGACCACGUCGACGCAGCCGGAACAGGAGGGCCCCGGCGGAUUGCAAAUGGAGAGCGGAGCGAAUACCACACGAGACCAGUCCAUGGAGAGCCAGGUGGCCGAGGAUAUACUUCUCUACGGACAAGAGUUCGCUGUCUACGGGCGUAACAUCGAGGCGGAUGUCAAUAUUUAUGAGAAUCGUGAUUCAUCACCGGAUUCGCCGCCCUCGCAGACCAGCACCAUAUUGAUUAGACCGCUGCAUGAGUCAACGCCACCACAUGGUGGAGCCUCCCUGAGCAGUCUGCAUCAGGACGGUAAUGGCGGAGCUUGUCAGAGUUGUGUUGAAAAAUCGAAAAUGUUUAUACCGGAAAUUCCACCAUACCUGGGCUAUUCAGUGCGAAAUUUAACAACUUUUGCUGGUAACAAUCCAAAAAUGCAACAUCAGAAGCUGCAAAGCGGAGCUUCCGCCAGCACGCUAGCGCUGAACUCGGCGGCAUAUGCAGCUCGCAUGCAAUCUAUGCAUAUUCAAGAAAUACCGCCCUUCCGAAAGAAAUCAACCGAUUCAGCCGAUCACACAGGCAGCAGCGCCAGUAGCAGCCCCCAGCGAACCACGAUGCGGCAACUAUCGGCGCAGCGGGAGCCGCAACAGCAGACGAUCCCUGAGAUACCACCGUACAAGACGCGCAAGAUAUCCGCGGAGAGUGCCAUGCAUCUGAAUAUGAGCGACAAGCUACACAUAAAACUUCAUGCACCAGAAUGGAUGUCACGUUUGAAAGUCAACGACAAUGCUAAUCUGCAUAGAAGCAUAGAUUGUAUUUCAAAGGAACUCGGAAACAGCGCAGAUACAGCAGACAUUUUGAAGCCAGCUCCAUCAUGGUGUAAUGUGGCCAUGAGAUCGGGAGCAGCAGGCAGCAAUUUGGCCACGCCACCAGCCUCGCAGCACCAGCAGCAAAUAGUUGCGUCCUCAUCCUCGUCCUCUGGCGGCGGUGGCAGCGUCUUUAGCCCCAGUGGCCCUGGCCCGGCUGGAGCUUCCGGCGGUGGGAUCAGCAAUUCCCAGUCAAGACCUAGUGUUGGCGCACUAUCAAACUCUUCAUCUGGUUCAUCCCAUAAACAGCAAUUGAAGCAGCAGGCCAAGGAGGAGAAGGAGCGGGCUAAGGAGGAGAAGGAGCGUGUUAAGGAGGAGAAGGAGCGUGUUAAGGAGAAGGAGAAAGAAAAGGAGAAGGAACGACUGAAGGAAAAGGAAAUCGAAAAGGCAAAGGAGAAGGAGAAAGAAAAGGAUGCCCAGGGAGCAGCAGCAUCCACAUCAACAGCAGCCACUGAUGACGAGGCUAAGGCUGCCGAACUCGCUGCCAAGAAAUCUCGUCUCAAGCAGAAGCUGGUGAAGAGUGCGAGGUCAGUGGCCAUCUUCUCGCUGAAGCUCAAGGAGCGAAGACAACGGGAGGCGGAGAAGGCAGCCACCAUAGCAGUGGAGCAUGCCAAGGCUCUGGCCAAGCUGCCCAUGCCACAGCCAGUGGGCGGCGAGUUGUCUCUUAUACCCAUCGAACAACUUAUACAAAUUGAGGAUAUCAUACCUGCGAUGAAAGCUGCAAGCACCUCGGGUGCACCCACAUCGUCCAGUCAAGCCGGCCCAUCGACGUAUCAUCAACAGCAGCAUCAACAACAGCACUACCACCCACCUUCGCAUCCACAUCCGCACACGGAUAAUUAGGCUAAUAAAUACCAGGAUUGAUGGCCACCCUUUCGCACACUUUGUAAAUAGUUUUCUAUGCACCCGCCCCCCCAUAAAGCCGAGAUUUUAUCAAAGUUACUGAUGAUAUAUGAGCAAAUUUGCUGAAUGUGUGUCUUGUCCAGAGUUGGAAGAAACUAAUUAACUAUAUAUAGUGGUUACCAAUUAAGUUACUCAAACAAUAGGUCGACAAGAUUCGAACUUUAUUUGGUCCAAAGCUAAGCAAUUGAGAAGUUGAAUGAAAUUUACCUGUAGAUUAACAAUGCUAAUAAUGUACAGGCAAAUUUCACUUAGAUUUUCUAAUGUUUAGUCUUGGUCUGUUUUUUUUUUGGGUUUUCCCAGUGAAAACCGAGCAAUUUUUUCCGAAACCAUUUCAUAUACAAGUUUAUCAAGUUUUGUAUGAAUGGAGUUUAUUUGAAUACAAAACUAAAUAAUGUUUAUGGCAACUUAGACUUUCGGGUACAGUGCAAUAGAAGUGCAUCAAUAGAAAUCGUAGUAAGCAAACAAAACAAUAAUUUUUAAGAGUUGUGAAACGAAUUUUGUGUUAGCGUUUUAGCUGUUAAUUCGUUUUCGUAGUCAUUGUUGCUUAGCGUUUAGUCGUAUAAAUCACUUUGUUACAUACAAAAUGUUGAAAAUGUUGAAUUUGCAUUUAUGUUGCCAGUGAACGAAUACUUAAUAAUUAAUAAUUACGCAAUCGCAAACACUCUCACAUGAAAAUCGAAAUCAGACAAAACAACGACACGCAUAACUGUGAGAUAAUAUCGUCCAUUGUUCCUUCCAUAUAAAGGAUAACGCCUUCGCACUCGCUUUUAGCUAUGGUACAACAGAUCAGAUGGAAACUAUUACUAACUGCAGCUAGCUAUUAACGCUGAAAACUAAAUAUUACUUGCUGCAAUGUUUUUCCUCGUUUUUCUAAGUGUGGUCCUAGCUUGAUCGAAGGGAAAACAAAAAAAAAAUUGCACACUUUAUCGACAGUCUAGUCAAAGGAUCUACACUUUAACAUAGAUGCACCCAAACACAACUGCUAUUUGUAAAUAUAUUGUAGGGACUAAGUGUAAUUUAAAUGAGGUAUACAAAUUAUAUUAAUGUAAUAAUUAAACGUGCUCUUGUGUUGAACAAAAAUUUCAAGUAAAAGCCAUUCAAUAAA